AUGGAUGGAGACCUCGAGCGAGCGGAACCUAGUCCUAGUGCACAGCACACAGAUGAUGAUGGCCGACGUGAAGAACAGGUCCGCGUCAUGACUAGAAAUGAUUCAAAGAAUGCUACAACAGUGUCAGGAGAUAGCUCAGCGCUUGUGGCAGUGUGGAUGCAACGACUCCAAAUGCUCACCCUUAUAACGACAUUUCUCGCUUCGAUCGAUGGAGACCUUUUCGUGCUUACCUCCACAUCGUCGCAGACGACACUUGAUGCCCAGGAAUUUAUUUAUGCGUGUUUUACUGGCGCCCUCGUUUUCCAUAUUUGUGCUGCGAUUCUGGGAUAUGUGGCAUCUUUUGCUCUCAUCCAGUAUCAGAUUGGUGAUGUAGCUCCUUCUGAUACAAAGAACACCGAGGUGGGCGAAUUUUCUAAUCCCGGUUUGUACCAACCUGAGAUCAUGCAUGGGACGCAGCGGAUGCUUAUAACCAUUCCUCCUUUUGAUGGCCUUCUUCAGACGCCCUUGAAUUCGGGGAUCCAGGUUAGAUCUAGAACGUCCAUUCCCCCACUGGAUCUCCUGACCCGGUGCUAUUUUACGACUUUGGCGUUAGGUAGUGUUGGCUUUAUUUUGGUACUUCUUGGUAUCGCUGGUUACGCAUGGGUGAUACUGCGGCAGGUUGUAGGGAUAUUCACGGUAGUUUGUCUUGGUGUUAGCAUCGUGGCGUCUGUGUGGGCGGUGCUAUAA